AGAAAUCUCAUAACAGUUUUGGAUAACUCACUUUUCAUCCCAAUUUUGAAAGACAUAUAACACUUAUGUUCAUCGAUAUUAUUUUAUGUGCCAUAAAUGAUAAUAAUAUACAUAUUUUAGUUGGAUCAUUUACAUACCGGUAUUUAUUUUUUCCCCAAAUUAAUAUCACCCAGGCCAGGGAUGGGCAACUUUGAUGGGGGCCACAAAAAAACUCAUCAUGGGGGCAUCUCACAUGAAGAUGAAGCAUUGAAAACAUUGAAAAUGACCACCCUCGAAGGGGUGAGUGCCUUGCGAGAAUCCAUACAGUCAUUGAAGGAGAAUCACCCCCUGACACAACCCAAGUCACAAGUCCUUGAACCGAACCUGACCUUAUGGGCCAAAGGCGUGCUUGUCACCCUGCUUCCCCGCUGGUGUAUUGUCAAUGGAAUCGUUUUCAAUUGCCCCGAUAGAUCGAAUGUUCCAUUAAAAUAAACGUUUCUUGCCGCACAGAUUUCCCCCCUGUGGUGCUGCUGGUUUUGACUCUGAGGUAAACCCGAGAGAGAACUAUGAAUGGUAAAGAACCAAGGAGGGCAACAUAACGAAAAAGGAGGCGGUUAGUCUUUGUAGUCGGGAGGAAUGCGGAAAUGUUCCUGCUCUGUGUCAAACUUAUCUGAAGGGGGUCAAGGCACAUUCAGCCAGCGUGGGAAAGCGAAGAAGAGACGGAGCUCACAGGCAAGCGUUGUAUAUCCCGGGAUAAAUGGGGAAAAGAGAGUUAAAAAGGGGAAAAACUGAGAAAAGCGUGGCUUUGAGAAUGUAUCACGCUUUUGUCCUAUGACCCCCCAAGUUGCAGUAGGCACUGUGUUUUUCUGUAAAAAAAAAAAAAAUACCCCCCUCCCCCCGUAUUAUAGUUGCUUUGCUUGAGCUGCAGUUGCAGAGGUGGUGAGCCUACUGCUGAGGGAUGGGGGUUACAGAAGCUGCUCCAUCCGACUACCUGUGUGGCCCGGCGUGACAGUGAGGGAUCUGUGAUGUGUUGUGUCUUAGUGUGAACACUUAUCCAAAGGGGGCAUGUUUCAUAAAUUCAUGGACACGACCAAUUGCGACUUUCACUGAUAACAUAAAAUAAGAGAUACCAGAUGUGUGAUGUGAGGUAACUAGGAGGACAAGAGAUUCAUACGCGUAAUGAAGUGGGAGUGGAUCAAGUAGAACGCAUCGGGGUUCUCGUGUUGAUAGUCGGAAUAAUACUAAACUUGAUGACACAAUGUUGUGGACCUCCAUUUAACCAAAAACAGACAGACAUAUACGAUGUCUCUGCUACCUCUGUCUUCCUUUAAUUUAGGCAUUGCACGUGCCAACAACUAUUUUCUGUGAGGAUGGCUUUGUAAUAAACCUGGUUCGUUGCGUUCGUUGGGAUUCCCCGGAAUAUUCUCAACAAGAAAAAGAAAAAAGACGCAAAAAUGGACAAAGAAAGUGUAGCACAACAGUACGAGCCGGUCGCCGAGAUUGGGGAAGGUGCGUAUGGAAAGGUGUACAAGGCACGAGAUUUGAAGAACGAGGGACGCUUUGUAGCCCUAAAACGAGUUCGGGUACAGACGGAGGAGGAAGGGAUGCCCCUCUCGACCAUCCGUGAGGUGGCGGUACUGAGGCAACUGGAGGCAUUCGAACACCCCAACGUGGUCAGACUGUUCGAUGUGUGUACUGUGUCUCGGACCGACCGCGAGACCAAGCUGACCCUGGUCUUUGAGCACGUUGACCAGGACCUGACCACGUACCUGGAGAAAGCACCUGAUCCUGGGGUGCCACCUGAAACUAUCAAAGAUAUGAUGUAUCAGCUGCUGCAGGGACUGGACUUCCUGCACUCACACCGUGUGGUUCACCGGGACCUGAAACCCCAGAACAUUUUGGUCACCAGUGGAGGACAGAUCAAACUGGCCGAUUUUGGCCUCGCCAGGAUAUACAGCUUUCAGAUGGCCCUGACCUCUGUGGUGGUGACGUUGUGGUACAGAGCCCCAGAGGUGUUGCUCCAGUCCAGCUAUGCCACCCCAGUUGACCUGUGGAGUGUGGGCUGUAUCUUCGCUGAGAUGUUCAGGAGAAGACCUUUGUUUCAAGGAAACUCAGAUGUUGAUCAGCUGGGCAAGAUUUUAGAUGUGGUCGGGGUUCCCUCGGUGGAGGACUGGCCCCAGGAAGUAGCCCUACCACAGAGUGCCUUCUCCCCACGACCCCCUCAGCCAAUCGGAGAACUUGUCCCUGACAUGGAUGAGCUGGGGAAAUCCCUUUUACUCCAAUUCCUGGCUUUUAAUCCCUCCAGAAGGAUAUCAGCAUUUGCUGCUCUGACCCACCCCUACUUCCAGAGUGUGGAUAGUGACACUAAGAGUGUGUACGCCCAGCCCAUCGGCAGCAACAAGCCCACCCUGGAGGAGAGAGCUGCCUGACAGCCCCCUGGCCCAGUACUGGACUGGCCUCACAGAGAGGGAGAGAAAGAGAGGGAUGGACACAAAGACUGAGAAAGAGAGCAAUAAACAGAGAUAUUUGAUUCCAAAAGGCAACCGUGCUGUCUUCCACAAUUUACCAAUUUGAAUGCUGCUUUUUAGGAUACUUUUAUAAAAAAAGUUUAAACAAUGCAAGGACCCCUGAAGCUGAGAUGUACUGCCACCAGGAGAGAACCUCUGGAUGUCCAGGAGCUGCUGCCUCUUGUCUCUCCUUCCUUAGCUUGAGAAGAGGCUCCUCGGUGGGGGAACACCAAGCACCAAGGGUAGGUCGGCAUGGACCUCACCUGGAGCUCACCUUCACAACAACCGAGAGAGAUGACACACGCACACACACAGUUUAAUCCAAUGCAGGAGGACCUCACACACUGCCUCGUGCUACUUCUGGUCCAAACAAUCACGUGUGUUUUGAUAUCACUGCCACCUACAGGUUGUCCUGUGUUACUGCAGGCCAGAGCAGGAUUUCUGAUGGGCUUCAUCUUAUAAGACUUUGCCUGGUGCGAACAGGAAAGACUGAAAAUAUGUCACUUUGAGUUCCUCUUGUGGCAUCCGUACUUCAGUGUCAUAAACUGUAAUGAAAUCUGAUUGACUCCAUUUGAGACUCUAUGUAUGACCUGAUGCACAGGGCAUAGUAAAGUGACUGUUGAAUGAGAAUAAGGUCGACAUACGCACUAUUCAGCGCAAUUACAUUUGGCAUAAAAGCAUGAUUCUGUAUUUCCUAACUUAAUUUUAAAGUUAUUGACAGUUGAUGUCUUAUUUUCUAUUUUGUCUUAAUUUUAUUGGACUUUAACAACAUGUGGGGAUUUAAAUGUAAAUCUCUGGUAAGAUCUAGAAAGAAUACAAGGUAAUAUCCAAGGGAGGAAAGGUUUGACAAUGUGAGGCAUGUAGAAUGGUAUAGAGAUAGAUACUGCACUAAUACUGUCAGUAGUUGUGAAUGCUGGUUUUACUUGCAUAUCCAGCACACUGACAUGUGUAGCAGGAUAGUAGUAAGGUCAGUGCAGGUGUGGGUCAGUGAAAUGUUCUUCGUUGGGAGAUUGUUUUAGAGAGAAAAGGCAUGCUGAUAUGUCGGAUUCAGAGGAGGUUCAACAUUGUACCUGCUUCAUUUAGACUGAGUCUGUAAGGGUUACAUAGAAACAUAUAGGGGUUCAUGUUGAAACACACAGCUGUUCUGUGUUAAGAAUGGUUGUUUUAAUACCCUACGUAUUAUGCUCACUUUGAUUCAAUAUGACUAGCUAGAGUGCUUUCAGAGUUGCUCCCUCUGUGGGAUUGGAACUAGUCAAGGAAAAUAGUUUGUUUGUAAAACUUCUUACUGCACAGCAAUACAUCUAGACCAUAACUUUCCCUCUGGUAUAUCUAGUGCUGCUAGCACACAAAUACACUCAGGAUCUUAUUAGAAAUCAAAUCAGAAAUCAUUCUGACACACUUUGCACAUUCAUGAUUAGACUGCAUCAACUGUUUCAUUGGAUGAUGUUAAUGGGUCAACUGUUUCAUUGGAUGAUGUUAAUGGCUCAACUGUUUCAUUGGAUGAUGUUAAUGGCUCAACUGUUUCAUUGGAUGAUGUUAAUGGCUCAACUGUUUCAUUGGAUGAUGUUAAUGGGUCAACUGUUUCAUUGGAUGAUGUUAAUGGCUCAACUGUUUCAUUGGAUGAUGUUAAUGGCUCAACUGUUUCAUUGGAUGAUGUUAAUGGGUCAACUGUUUCAUUGGAUGAUGUUAAUGGGUCAACUGUUUCAUUGGAUGAUGUUAAUGGCUCAACUGUUUCAUUGGAUGAUGUUAAUGGCUCAACUGUUUCAUUGGAUGAUGUUAAUGGGUCAACUGUUUCAUUGGAUGAUGUUAAUGGGUCAACUGUUUCAUUGGAUGAUGUUAAUGGCUCAACUGUUUCAUUGGAUGAUGUUAAUGGCUCAACUGUUUCAUUGGAUGAUGUUAAUAGGUCAACUGUUUCAUUGGAUGAUGUUAAUGGCUCAACUGUUUCAUUGGAUGAUGUUAAUGGCUCAACUGUUUCAUUGGAUGAUGUUAAUGGCUCAACUGCUUCAUUGGAUGAUGUUAAUGGCUCAACUGUUUCAUUGGAUGAUGUUAAUGGCUCAACUGUUUCAUUGGAUGAUGUUAAUUGAUCAACUGUUUCAUUGGAUGAUGUUAAUGGCUCAACUGUUUCAUUGGAUGAUGUUAAUGGCUCAACUGUUUCAUUGGAUGAUGUUAAGGGCUCAACUGUUUCAUUGGAUGAUGUUAAUGGCUCAACUGUUUCAUUGGAUGAUGUUAAUGGCUCAACUGUUUCAUUGGAUGAUGUUAAUUGAUCAACUGUUUCAUUGGAUGAUGUUAAUGGGUCAACUGUUUCAUUGGAUGAUGUUAAUGGCUCAACUGUUUCAUUGGAUGAUGUUAAUGGCUCAACUGUUUCAUUGGAUGAUGUUAAUUGAUCAACUGUUUCAUUGGAUGAUGUUAAUGGCUCAACUGUUUCAUUGGAUGAUGUUAAUGGCUCAACUGUUUCAUUGGAUGAUGUUAAUGGCUCAACUGUUUCAUUGGAUGAUGUUAAUGGCUCAACUGUUUCAUUGGAUGAUGUUAAUGGCUCAACUGUUUCAUUGGAUGAUGUUAAUGGCUCAACUGUUUCAUUGGAUGAUGUUAAUGGCUCAACUGUUUCAUUGGAUGAUGUUAAUGGCUCAACUGUUUCAUUGGAUGAUGUUAAUGGCUCAACUGUUUCAUUGGAUGAUGUUAAUGGAUCAACUGUUUCAUUGGAUGAUGUUAAUGGCUCAACUGUUUCAUUGGAUGAUGUUAAUGGCUCAACUGUUUCAUUGGAUGAUGUUAAUUAAUCAACUGUUUCAUUGGAUGAUGUUAAUGGCUCAACUGUUUCAUUGGAUGAUGUUAAUGGCUCAACUGUUUCAUUGGAUGAUGUUAAUGGCUCAACUGUUUCAUUGGAUGAUGUUAAUUAAUCAACUGUUUCAUUGGAUGAUGUUAAUUGAUCAACUGUUUCAUUGGAUGAUGUUAAUUGAUCAACUGUUUCAUUGGAUGAUGUUAAUUGAUCAACUGUUUCAUUGGAUGAUGUUAAUUGAUCAACUGUUUCAUUGGAUGAUGUUAAUGGGUCAACUGUUUCAUUGGAUGAUGUUAAUUGAUCAACUGUUUCAUUGGAUGAUGUUAAUGGGUCAACUGUUUCAUUGGAUGAUGUUAAUUGAUCAACUGUUUCAUUGGAUGAUGUUAAUUGAUCAACUGUUUCAUUGGAUGAUGUUAAUGCUACAACAUGAUUGUGCUUCUAUAAUCAUAUUACAGAAUUCCUGAUUGUGUGAAUCCAACUACACGUUUGCUAUGAUACAGUAUGUUUGAUAUCUUACUUGUUUUUCAGUGUCGGGCGCAUAUGGUUUAAUCUAAUACAUGAUAAAAAUAAAAAAACACAUGAAAGAAUUUUGGACUGAGCUCCCCUCUCCAUGUAGAUAUAGAGUUGUUUUGCCCUCAUCUCUGUCCUGUCAGAUGAUUCAUGCCAUUGGUGGAUACAUUGCAGACUUCAUAUUCCAACUCUCUAGAAAUAGGGAUUGUCAAGCUUCCUUGGUAUCGGUCACUUCAACGUCAACUGCCCUAAUAAGUAGACUGUCAUCAUUGUAGUCUACAUUAUAUCAACUUGAAGCGAUCAAUGUAUGUUUUUAUUUGGUUUAAGAGGUUUAUUGGUCAUUUGUAACUUAAAACAUGGGACAGGAAUACUUUUGUCUAUGUAAUAUAAAAUAAUAAAAGUAUACUUUUUCACGGCCACCUACAUGGGGUCUGCCAUAGAUUUCCUAUGAUUGCAGAAAUGCUCUGUAUUGCAAAUACCCUUUAGCCAAUGAACAGUACUGAAGCAUUUAGUAUUUUAGCACAUUUUCUAAGCUCCAAGGAUGAAAGUAAAGGCCACAAAUGUAUUUGAAAUGUCCACAUGUGACAUGGUAACUUCAUUUAAAAUGAUGAUAUGGAGGUAAUGGGCAUUAUGUUUACAUGAAUAAAUGCCACCAGUGGUGAUUGCUUCAUGUUGCACCAUUUGAAUAAAAAAUAUGCUUUGUAUAUGUGAGCGUUCUUAUUUGGGAUUCAUGCAAAUAACAAAAUAAUAUUGUGAUUAAUAUUGAAUUGGGUUGUAUUAAGCUGUGGAAUGUAUGGAUAUUUUGUUGUGGUAUUUAAAUGUUAACAGGUGAAGCUGUGAAAAAUGCUGAAAAAGCACAUUUUCCUGUUGAUAGUUUCUGAUGUACAAUCUGUAAAGAAUGUGUAUGUUUGUAUUUUACAUUUCGGUUACUGGUCCAGUGCUCUAACCACUAGGCUACGCUGCCGUGUAUCAAAAAUGUUCCACCACCCAAAGGACAUCCAGUCAACUUGGCACAACUGUGGGAAGCAUUGGAGUCAACAUGGACCAGCAUCCCUGUGGAACGCUUUCGACACCUUGUAGAGUCCAUGCCCCGAGGGCAAAGGGGGGUGCAACUCAAUAUUAUGAAAGUGUUCCUAAUGUUUUCGUGUGUAUAGACAGUAUGGACAGUAUAGGAAUAGAAAAGGUGUGUACAGUAGUUAUAUAGGAUGAGCCUUGACUGGAAUACAGUAUAUACAUAUGAAGUGUGCAAAACAGGAUGUAAACAUAUUAAAGUGACCAGUGUUCCAUGUCAACAGUUGAAGUCAGAAGUUUACAUACACCUUAGCCAAAUACAUUUAAACUCAGAUUUUAGCCUAAUUCCUGACAUUUAAUCCUAGUAAAAAAUUCCUUGUCUUAGGUCAGUUAGGUUCACCACUUUAGUUUAAGAAUGUGAAAUGUCAGAAUAAUGGUAGAGAGAACGAUUUAUUUCCACUUUUAUUACUUUCAUCACAUUCCCAGUGGGUCAGAAGUUUACAUACACCCAAUUUGAAUUUGGUAGCAUGUCCUUUAAAUUGUUUAAAUUGGGUCAAACAUUUCGGGUAGCCUUCCACAAGCUUCCCACAAUAAGUUGGGUGAAUUUUGGCCCAUUCCUCCUGACAGAGCUGGUGUAACUGAGUCAGGAUUGUAGGCCUCCUUGCUCGCACAUGCUUUUUCAGAUCUGCCCGCAAAUUUUCUAUAGGAUUGAGGUCAGGGCUUUGUGAUGGCCACUCCAAUACGUUGACUUUGUUGUCCUUACGCCAGGGUCAUUGUCUAUUUGGAAGACCCAUUUGCGACCAAGCUUUAACUUUAACUGAUGUCUUGAGAUGUUGCUUCAAUAUAUCCACAUACUUUUCCUCCCUCAUGAUGCCAUCUAUUUUGUGAAGUGCACCAGUCCCCCCUGCAGCAAAGCACCCCCACAACAUGAUGCUGCCACCCCCGUGCUUCACGGUUGGGAUGGUAUUCUUCGGCUUGCAAGCCUCACCAUUUUUCCUCUAAACAUAACGAUGGUCAUUAUGGCCAAACUGUUCUAUUUUUGUUUCAUCAGACCAGAGGACAUUUCUCCAAAAAGUACGAUCUUUGUCCCCAUGUGCAUUUGCAAACUGUAGUCUGGCUUUUUUGUGGCGGUUUUGGAGCAGUGCCUUCUUCCUUGCUGAGCGGCCUUUCAUGUUAUGUCAACAUAGGACUUGUUUUACUGUGGAUAUAGAUACUUUUGUACCUGUUUCCUCCAGCAUCUUCACACGGUCCUUUGCUAUUGUUCUGGGAUUGAUUUGCACUUUUCGUAUCAAAGUAUAUUCAUCUGUAGGAGACAGGACGCAUCUCCUUCCUGAGCGGUAUGACGGCUGCAUCCUCCCAUGGUGUUUAUACUUGCGUACUAUUGUUUGUACAGAUGAACGUGGUACCUUCAGGCAUUUGGAAAUUGCUCCCAAGGAUGAACCAGACUUGUGAAGGUCUGCAAAAAAAAAUUCUGAGGUCUUGCUGAUUUAUUUGGAUUUUCCCAUGAUGUCAAGCAAAGAGGCACUGAGUUUGAUGGUAGACCUUGAAAUAAAUCCACAGGUACAACUCCAAUUGACUCAAAUUGUGUCAAUUACCCUAUCAGAAGCUUCUAAAGACAUCAUUUUUAUUUAUUUUUUCAAGCUGUUUAAAGGCACAGUCAACUUAGUGUAUGUGAACUUCUGACCCACUAAAAUUGUGAUACAGUGAAUUAUAAGUGAAACAAUCUGUAAACAAUUGUUGGAAAAAUUACUUGUGUCAUGCACAAAGUAGAUGUCCUAACCGACUUGUCAAAACUAUAGUUUGUUCACAAGAAAAUUGUGGAGUGGUUGAAAAACGAGUUUUAAUGACUCCAACCUAAGUGAAUGUAAACUUCCGACUUCAACUGUAUGUAUAUAGGGCAGCAGUCUCUAAGGUGCAGGGUAAAGUAGCGGGUGGUAGCCGGCUAGAAACCGUGACCAAGGUUCAGGACAGAGUACUGGGGGGUGGAGGCCAGCUAGUGGUGACUGUUUAACAGUCUGAUGGCCUGGAGAUAGAAGCUGUGUUUCAGUCUCUCUGUCCUAGCUUUGAUGCACCUGUACUGUCUACACCUUCUAGAUGGUAGAAGGGUGAACAGACCGUGGCUCGGUGGCUGGGGUUUUUGAUUAUAUUCUUGGCCUUCCUUUGACACCUGGUGCUGUAGAUGUCCUGGAGGGCAGGCAAUGUGACCCCGGUGAUGCAUUGGGCUGACCACACCACUCUCAGUUGCCGUACCAGGCAGAGAUACAGCCCGACAGAAUGCUCUCGAUGGUGCAUCUGUAGAAGUUUGUGAGGGACUUAGGGGCCAAACCAAAUUUAUUUAGCCUCCUGAGGAUGAAGACGCACUGCUGUCAGUGUGGAGUGAACAUUUCAGGUCGUCAGUGACCUUGGCCAGGACUGUCACCUCCUCCCUGUCGGCUGUCUCAUUGUUGUUGUUAAUCAGGCCUACCACUGUUGUAUCGUCAGCAAACUUAGUUGGCAACGUGCAUGGCAAUGCAGUCAGGAGUGAACAGGGAGUACAGGAGGCGGCUGAGCACGCACCACUGUGGGGCCCCCUUGUUGAGGAUCAGUGUGGUGUAGGUGUUGUUCCCUACCUUCACCACUUGGGGUCGGCCCGUCAUGAAGUCUAGGACCCAGUUACACAGGGCGGGGUUCAGACCCAAGGCCAGCAUUCAUACAUUUAACAUUGUAAACUAAUCUCUUCUAUACUGCAUAUCAAAACAACAACGCAUGAUAUAGUAUAACGUAACACAUUUUAUUAUUCAUAAACAUUUACAUUUACUUCUCUCACUACUGCUUAUUUAAUUACCACCAGAUGGUCUUAUUUUUAAAUAGACACAAUAUAUCACAUUUAAGAAGUGUUAUUAUAAGUAUGCUUCCUGUCAGUUCAGGUGUGAUUCUGAGUUCCUAACUUCAGAGUAGUUCCUCUACGUGCUGCCUGAGUAGGGUCCUUAGUCCGAGUCUGAGACCCAGAUGGCUCACUAUUCCCUAGUGUUCUUCUUUUGACUUGGGCCCAUGGAGCUGUGGUCAAAAGUAGGGGACUACUGUAUAUAUAUGUUACCAUUUGGGACGAAUCCAGCGAGACCAAGCACUGAUAGCAAGCUGAUAUCCCCAGUAAAUGCAGAUCAACCUAUCUGCAGUAAGCAUAGGAUAAGCCUACCCAGUUCUUAUUGUGGUGUCUUCUGUACUUCAGCUAAGGGUGUUUUAUUGGUUGUUGUAAAAGGACAUGCUCAAUGAAUCCAAUGAAACCCUUAUCUUGAUUUAAAGGAUUUAGGCAUUAGUGUUUUUUCAAUUAUAGCUACUUGUUCAUGAGGUGCUGUUUGUGCAGAUUGUGCAGAUCUUGUGUUUCUCUAUUAUUAGUGGUGUUCUCUGUUGAAAUUAUAUUUGGUGUACAAUACAAUGAUGAUAUGUGUUUUUCAGGUGAAACAGCUACUGGUUUUGGGGGAAUCAGCAUUGAUGGUCACCAUUUUCGCCAUAUUAUUACUUUUCUAGCGAAUUAUUGGUCUUGCCACAUAACAUCAUGUCUAGUCUAUGUCCAUUAUGUAGUCUGCCCUUACAUUUGUACAGUACCACUUUUAAAAUAAAAUGCAUUUCAUAUAUUGUGAUUCAAAGCUGGUCUGAAGCAGGUUGUUGAUGCAUAAGCAUGAAUCCUAAUUUUCUCAAUGCCCGUUUUUUUGAUUAUGAUAGUGUUGCCAAGAACCACAUUUUAGGUAACAUAGUUUGGCACUAUUCUCUCUUGGAGGGAUGGGGGAUAUUUCUAUUUAAAAAAGUAUAUAUUUUAGGUUUUCCCGAAGCUGAUUUUGCUGCUAUGUAGUAAUUCUUGCAAAACUUUGUUAAAAAUAUUAUGACGCAUCAGUAAGUUAUCAAAGUGUAUGUAGCAACUUAAUGUUUCUGCUAUUGUAUUCACAACUGCCUGACAUUUUUAUUUUGGUAAAAUAAAUAUUUUGUGUGUUAAAUGUG